UUGGCUACUCAGCGAAAAUUGAGAGAACUUGGUUGGGAAGUGUUAAUGCAUCCGCCAUAUAGUCCUGACCUUGCAUCCUCAGAUUUUCACCUGUUUCGGUCUCUUCAGAAUUCUUUGGGUAGUGUUAGGUCAUCAAGAGAGGAAUGUCAAAACUAUUUAUCGCAUUUUUUUAAUAAAAAAUCCCACGAUUUCUACAGCAACGGAAUCAUGUCACUACCUGCAAUAUGGCAACAUGUUAUCGAACAAAAUGGCACAUAUAUAUUAUAA